UGGCUCUGGAGGAAGUCCAGGAGAGACAUCGAGGAGACUUUCAAGAGAACAGCUUUGUGUACUGGUGUCGGCAGCUUCCUUAAACUUGGGUUGCAUGAUGGCCUAUUCCAUCCUUGGACCGUUUUUCCCCAAGGAGGCAGAAAAGAAGGGGGCCAGCAACACCAUGAUUGGGAUGAUCUUCGGAUGCUAUGCUUUAUUUGAGUUGCUGGCAUCUUUAGUGUUUGGAAAAUACCUUGUACAAAUUGGAGCCAAAUUCAUGUUUAUAGCAGGAAUGUUUAUCUCAGGAGGAGUUACAAUUCUCUUUGGUGUCUUGGACCAACUUCCAGACGGACCCAUAUUUAUUGUCAUGUGUUUUCUGGUGAGAAUAGUAGAUGCCAUAGGCUUUGGUGCAGCGAUAACCGCAUCGUCUUCUGUCCUGGCAAAGGCCUUCCCAAAUAAUGUGGCUACUGUGUUGGGAAGCCUUGAGGUUUUUUCUGGACUGGGGCUGAUAGUAGGUCCCCCUUUAGGUGGCUUUUUGUAUCAGUCCUUUGGCUAUGAGGUGCCUUUUAUUCUUCUGGGGUGCAUAGUUCUGCUGAUGAUACCACUCAACCUAUGUGUUUUGCCCAGUUAUGAGUCGGAGCCAGGUGAACACUCCUUCUGGAGACUUGUCUCAUUACCGAAGGUCGGUCUCAUAGCCUUCAUCAUCAUCUCCCUCAGCUCUUGCUUCGGCUUCCUCGAGCCAAUUCUCUCUCUCUUCAUCUUGGAGAAGUUCAAUUUGCCAGCUGGAUACGUGGGACUCGUCUUCCUGGGUCUAGCUCUGUCCUACACCAUUUCAUCACCACUGUUCGGUCUCCUCUGUGAUAGGAUGCCUAAUCUUAGGAAAUGGUUUCUGAUUUUUGGAAACUUAAUCACAGCUGGGUGCUACAUGCUCUUAGGACCUGUCCCCAUUUUGCACAUUAAAAGUCAGCUCUGGCUCAUGGUGCUGGUGUUAGUGGUAAAUGGCAUCUCUGCUGGAAUGAGUAUCAUCCCAACUUUCCCGGAGACCCUUAGUUGUGCAUAUGAAAAUGGGUUUGAAGAGGGAAUAAGUACGCUGGGACUCGUAUCUGGUCUUACUGGCGCCAUGUGGUCAGUUGGUGCUUUCAUGGGACCAGUGCUGGGCGGAUUUCUGUAUGAGAAAAUUGGUUUCGAGUGGGCAGCAGCUAUACAAGGCCUAUGGGCUCUGAUAAGUGGACUUGCGAUGGGCUUAUUUUAUCUCUGGGAGCACUCAAAGGCGAGAAGAAGAUCUAAAGCUCAGAACAUCAUUGACACAGAGGAGGAAGAAGCUGGGCUCUUGCCCAAUGAAACCUAGGCUCGCAAGCUCUGGAUUGAUGCAGACUGGGAGACAGGUGCCUUGAGCCAUGACAAGCAGCUGCUGGAGGAGCUUUCUGGGAGCCAGGCAGAAGUCCUUGCUUCCUGGACUUGAACCCCGGAAGUGUCAAGCUGUUUUUACACGACCCUGCACCGGGCCGCGCUUACUGUAGUUUGGAGCAUCUAUGAGAAAGGGAAAACCAGAAGAAGCUGUCGUUUCUAAAUGACCCGCCUUGCCCCUCAGGGUGCUGUUAUUGACUCUCUUUGGCUUUCUUAUUCUUGCAUUCGUUUUUCAUUCUAAGUUUUUCAAUUCUACAGAUGUACUUCUUAAAAUUAAUAUGUGAAGAAAUGAAACUACUUAAUAUACCUUGAACAUAUACAACAGAAUGUAUAAGUUUAUGAAAUCAGUUUUGAAAGACGUGCUUUCUCUGCACUGAGAUUUUUAUAUCCAUUAAAAAGGCAAAAUUCCUGCCUGCCACAUAAAAACUCUAGAGCAUUCUUUGGCUCUCAGGUUUUCUAAAAACAUUUCUGUGGAAG